AUGACUUCGAUGAUUACUACCACAGCAUGGGUGCGGCGUGGUGUUGCCGCCCAAUUCCCUACAAAAUAUGAGAUUAAUGAGGAGGAGAUGAACCGGAUAUCCAAGCUUGCUCGUAUGCAGCUGGAGGAGGCUCAGGAUGAUUUGAAUGCUGCCCAAGAUGGCGGCAAGGAUGAGGCCGAUGAGGAUUCUGCCAUGGAUGAGGAUACCAAAGCGGAUGAUGCUAUGGAAGACGUUGACGAGAAGACGACCUCGAAAAAGGGAACUGACUCUAAGAGUACUGAUGACGACGAUGUUUUGAAAGAGUUUGAUCUCGACCACUAUGACAGCGAUGAGAUCGACGAGGAAGGCGAGAAAAUAACAAUGUUCGGCAAUGUGCAAUCGCUCGCCUACCACCAGCCCAACGAGGAGGAUCCCUACCUCGUCAUCCCCGAAGAUGAGAAGGACGAGGAGCGUGAGGAGCUACAGAUCAUGCCGGAAGACAACUUGCUCUUGGCCGGAAAGGUGGAAGAUGAAGUCGCCCAUUUGGAGGUUUAUGUCUACGAGGAUCGCGCUGAUAACCUCUACGUCCACCACGACAUCAUGCUGCCGGGAAUUCCUCUCUGUUUGGAGUGGCUCGAUAUCCCCGUUGGCAAGAACACUGAGGGACGUACACAAGGUAACUUUGUCGCCGUGGGAACCAUGGAGCCUGACAUUGAGAUCUGGGACCUUGACGUUGUGGAUUGCAUGUACCCCAAUGCCAUUCUCGGACAAGGUGGUCAGGACUCUGGCGAAAAAAAGAAGUCAAAAAAGAAGAAGGCCAAGGCCAACGACGAAUAUCACAUCGACUCGGUACUAGCUUUGGCAGCUAACCGCCAGCACCGCAAUCUGCUGGCAUCAGCCUCCGCAGACCGUACCGUUAAGCUCUGGGAUCUCAACACAACCAGCUGCGCCAAGUCUUACUCUCACCACACCGACAAGGUCUGUUCGCUAGACUGGCACCCAACUGAAUCCACCAUUCUGCUGAGCGGUAGCUACGACCGCACUGUGGUCGCUGCUGACAUGCGUGCUCCUGACUCCCAGGCUCGUUGGGGUGUCGAUGCCGAUGUGGAGACCGUUCGCUGGGACCCGCACGAUCCAAACUACUUCUAUGCCACUACCGAUGCUGGAAUGUUGUAUCGCUUCGACAUCCGUAACGUCCCAGCUACCCCAGCCGAGUCUAAGCCGUUUUGGACAUUGCAGGCCCACGACUCCUCAAUCUCAUCCUUUGACAUCAACCGUACCAUCCCCGGUUUCUUGGUGACCGGAUCCACAGACAAGCAGGUCAAGAUCUGGAACGUCGAAAAUGACAAGCCCAGUCUGGUUGUCGCACGCAAGUUGGAGGUUGGAAAGGUCUUCUCAAGCAACUUUGCCCCUGAUGCCGAGGUUGGAUUCCGUCUGGCUGUGGCUGGAAGUAAGGGCAAUGUCCAGGUUUGGGAUGCUUCUACCAACGGCGCUGUGCGCCGUGCUUUCGUGUCACGUCUGCCUGAUCUUGCCGGCGAGGUGAAGGAGCGUUUCGUUGGUAUUGUGCCUGACGACGAUGAGGAUUCGGAUGAAGAGAUUGCUGGAGACGCGGGUGGUGAACCUGCUGCUGGCCGUGAUGGCUGGGAGUCCAUGGAGGAAGAUUAG